AUGGAUUUAGGUAGGGAGACAACACCACCACCUCAGACGUGCAUCCAUAGAGCAGGUGAGAUCAACACACUCAUUUGUCCUUCAGUCUCACUGCAGUAUGUGUUUGAGUUACUGGGACUUCAAACAGGCUGUUCUUUCACAUUAAGAGAGGGAUCAUCUCCAGGUCCAGGUCAUCAUUCCUUCACCUGUACAGCUCCCUGUCUGAACUGGGAAGAGAUCGCUUCAACAGCUCAGAUAAUACACAGGAAAUCUUCCAAAAGGUCGAGCAGCGAUGAGGCUGUGUGCAGUCUUCUGUGUCGUCUUGUUGUUUCUCACUCAGGCUCUGAGUGGAUCUCAUCACGAAGCGUCCAUAAGUAUCAGAAUUCCUUCAUGCCGAUGUUUCAUGAGCCCCUCCACCUCCCCAUCAACGCCCGGCUUUACAGAAUCCUCAUCCAUCAAUUCUUCACCCAUCUGGCCUCUCCAAGUCAUCAGCCCUCACCACCACCAGUGUCUGCACUCCAUAUCCAGACAUCGAUGCCUCCUGGUACACUGGCAGAGGGAUCAGACCGGUGGGGAGAUUUGGACGCAAAGUUGCAGAGAGGAAAAAUCAACAUCUGGCUUUCAUCACGGCCAGAGUUUACAGACCAACAGCUGACGGUGACAGCAAUGUUUGGAUCACACAGCGCAAAUAAUAUGAAUGAUUAAAAAUGACUUCUG